AUGGGCUGGUUAUAUAAUGAGAAGGGCAGACGACAGAUGCACACUACGAAUUCUGAAGCAAAACAUCCCCGAGGGAGGCCACCGACCAGAUGGGCUGACGUGCUCGUUGCACGGAUAGACCAGCUGAACUCUCAAAUGGUUACAAGUAAUGGAACUGAACCUGAACUCGCCGCUGCAGUUCAAUACCAACAUCGUGGAUGA